AUGUCUACUUCCGUUCAGUACACAGAUAUACAGGAACGUGCCUUGACGUCCAGCUCCCAGCAGCCUUUACCACAGAAUACAGUUGCCAACGGCCGCAUAGGCUGUUCGGGCAGUGUCGCCCUGAUUAUGGCAGGAUAUCAAGCUUGGGAGUCCCUUCAGCUUAAGCUCGUGCUAAACACGAGCAGAGGACCAAUGGGGAAGGAAUGCACGUGGCUCAAGACCUACGAACGGUGAAGGCGAUAACGGCUUGAGGCCGCAUGGGACUUCGGGCACGCGACACAAGUCAUCACUGAGCGCUGGCACGUGUCCACCACUGCCUGUGCAUUGAACCCAGAGAAAGAGGAGCUAGUUUUCAAGUCGUCGCCUUUGUUUGAUCAUUAAUAAACUUUCCUUCUUAGGGA